UUCAAACAGAGAAAGAGAAUUGAAAAACAGAGAAAUAGCUUCAAUGGAGAAACCGACUAAACCCAAGAACAGGCUUUUCAAUUUCCUAUCAUCAGCAAUAUCUUUCCAUAAUCUUCACUUUAGCCCAACCCAACCGGAAAAUCAUACAAACACAAGAAAAGGGUUCAAGAUAUCUAUAGUUCCACCGGAAGCUCGCCGGAGAAACAAUCUAUCAUCCAAGAACUCCGGCGACAAUCAAUCACAAGAACCCACUUCGCCGAAAAUUUCUUGUAUGGGUGAAAUCAAGAACAAGAAAGAGAAGAAGACAAAGAAGAACAAGAACAAAUCUGGGAAAGGGGUUUCCAAACCGCAAGUUAGGAGAUCGAAAUCUGACGUGUCGGGUGGUAAUUUGCCGGAAAAGGUGCCGGCGUUAGGACAGAUCCGACGGUUUGUGAGUGGACGGGAGAAAUUGCAGGGUUUUGAUUGGACGGCUCAGGUUGCGCCGGAAUAAGGUUCAAUUGUUUACUCCGAUGAAGAAUUUGUUGUGGUUUAUGUUCUUAAAUUGUGAUUUUGAUUAUAAAAGUUAUGAGAAGAUAAGAAUUUUCAACAGCUGCUGGACUUUUUGUUCUAAAU